ACCUUUGUGUUGCCGUCAGUUUUUAUUGUUAACGGUCCCGUUAUCCAGCGGGUCAGAGGAAGUGCUGCCUGACAAGCAGAUCCCAGGGACAAAUCUCUCUACAGCAGUUGUCUCGUGAGCAUGCGCAGUAGAGUGGCUGCAGUGCCAAUAGCUAGCAGCUGACUUGUAUGCAGUUUUUUAGUGACAUUUAAAAUGGCUAGUUGCUCUUGGGCAGAAAACAUACUCCAGCUCCUCCGUAAAAUGAAUAACUUUUAUUUACCAGGUUCACGUCGUUCAAGCUGCUUUCGUUUUGAGAUUGAAGGAGCCCAGGUCGGCUGGAUACCUCCUCACGUAGCUUCGCUUUUAGCGCGCUAUCCAGACGUGUUCAGUCCGCCACACCAGGGUGCAGUGACCCUCUGCCACAGCCUGGACUCGUACGAGAAGAGAUCAGAGGCUGUGAGUCAUGUAGUGCAAGCUCUCAGACAGGAGCCCUCUUUAACCUGCCUUAAAGGAUGGAGAGAUGAGAAAUACAGUGUAAUGCCCAGAUUUGCAGACUGCCCUUUGAUGUGGAUGGAAAGAGCAGCUACAAGUCUCUUUGGGGUGAAGCGGUAUGGAGUUCAUAUCAAUGGCUACACUGUCAGUGACCGUCAGGAGGUUUGCAUGUGGUUGGCACGACGCUCCCACACCAAGCAGACGUACCCUGGGCUCCUGGAUAACAUGGCAGCAGGUGGGCUGGCUGCUGGUGUUGGCAUCAAACACACUCUGGUCAAAGAGUGUCAGGAGGAAGCCUGUGUUCCAGCAGCCAUAGCUAAGAGGGCUCGUCCAGUUGCAACAGUAAGCUACACAUAUGAGGAUGAAGAGGGUGUGUUUCCAGAAAGCCAGUUUGUCUUUGAUUUGGAACUUCCUUUGGAGUUCAAGCCCAGAAUAGGGGAUGGAGAGGUGCAGGAGUUUUACCUCCUCCCCAUAGAUAAGGUGAAGGAACUGCUGGCCACUGAUGACUUCAAACCCAACUCUGCCAUGGUAGUCUUGGACUUCCUCAUAAGACACUCGUACAUUGACCCUGACACAGAGCCAUACUAUCAGGACUUUGUGACAGGACUCCACCAGAUAUUAUAGAAAGAAGAUGAAGAUUAAACUCACUGUGUCUGAGGCACAACGUUGUUGUUCACAUUUACAGUUGCAAGAAACAUCACAAAAAUGUGAACUGAUCUUCAGAAACACUCUAAACAAAAGUCAUACACUUUGUUGUACAUCAUGUUAAUAUUAAAUAUAGUGAGUUGUUACAUUUCACAGGUGUUUUUCAUGCAGUUUUGUUCAGUGGGCUCAGCCUGAUAACAGCAGGUUCAGAGGAUGGCUGAACCACAUGAGUGCUGGAUCUGAGAAUGACAUGUAGGAGUUAUCCUGCACAACACUUUGCAGGUGUCAUACAGACCUCAGAGUAACUAUGUUCCUAUAUUUAUAGUCAUAGUAAGACCUUUUAAGUACAAAGUGCAAUUUCAGUUUCUGCAGUUCCACCCAUUAAAUGCCGUAAUCAUACCUGAUUCAAAUCUGGUCAUCUCCUUAGAUACUGCAUUCUUCGACAGGAUUUAAUUUUUGGUAAGAAGAUACUCUUUUAACUGAGGGCUGCUGUUUGGGCUUUGGGUUGUAGUCAAAGAUCACAACAAGUUGUUUUUAUUGUGUUUUUUUCUAACUAAAUUUAUGUAUAGCAUAAAAAUGUAGAGAACAAAAAUAUAUGUUAUUCUUUUGAGUAUGUAGAGCUCAAAGCUAAGAUAAGCAACCUGAUUAGAGUAAAGCACACAUGGAUAUUUGCUGUGUAGGUGGGUGGCUUGUGGGAUCCAGCACUCCAUCACUGGUCACAUAAACCCAACAGAGCCUGGAGCUGUGUUUGGUACUGCUGAAAAACUAAUCACUGUUUACACAGUGAUAUAUAUACUACAAUAUACAUAUAUAACACUCCAAAAAAGAAUGUUUUGAGACUCCUCAAAGCAAUAAAGUGGAACUUGCGAGUUCAUUUUUAUUUAUUGGUGCUGUUGUAAAAUGUUAACAGUGUUCACUGGACCAGCCUUCAUCAUUGCUCGUGACACUUGCACAAUAACGAAGAACAACUUUAGACCAGUCCUUCUGCGAGGCGUCUCUUCAUCAACAGUUAUGGAAUAUCUUGAUCAUACAAUAUCAUUGCAUCAUGCUACACCACCUCAUGUGGGUUAAGCGCAGGACUCCCUGAUUUUUCUUUGAACAAUUCUGAUAUUAAUUUACAUUCAUGCUUUGGGUAAUUUCUUAUUUCAUCAAACUGUCCUAAGAUUCAACUCGUGAAUCGCUCCCCAGAUCCAGUGCAAAUAAUCAGACUCACUGAUUCAAUUUAUUGUUCCUUUAAUGACUGUAAAGCCUCAGAUGUACUUCCACUUACAUGCCCACUAGUGUCUGCUCAGGUCCAAGUGGUGUGAAUUUUGUAAUUAUUCAGACUUUAAAGUCAUCACUACUCAGAGUCUCCACUUGUCUGUGUCCACAAUGGGAUAUAUUUGAGGCUGAAGAGAUCAGGCUUCGAUCCUAAAACAUGCUUCCUCCACCAUAUUUCACUGUUGGGAUGAGGUUUGAUGUGCAGUGCAUUGUUCUUGCAAAAAACAGCAACAGUCAUUUUAUCUGUUGAACUGCUGAACUGUCAGGUUUUUAGAAUGGCUUUCAUAACCUUCUCCAGCCUCUGUGCAUCUCAAGCCCUUAAAUGUGGGGCUCACACCCACUUACGUCCUAAGUCUGCCAAGUGUUGGCCGGUAAUUACACUUUGGCUUUUUUUUUUUUUUUUUCCUUUGUAAGGUAAAAGCUAGAGUUAUUGCUUAUCUGUAAUACUUGAAUAUUAUAACAGUUGAAUGUUUGCAAUAUGAAGUGGGGAUUAUACUUGGCUGUUGAUGAGGUUUUAGCAUCGAUGGGAAUAUGUUCCUCUGUACUGUCAAAAGGCGAAAACAGAGCCACCAGAGCCCACAUAAUGGGGGGUCUUGGUCAUUCAUUUAUUUACAUAUAUAUAGCUGUAGCUAUACCAAGGGCUGAGGGAGGAACUGGAAAAAAUGUGGAAGUUGAGUUUGUGAAGUCUGCAGAUACACUACAAAAAAAAGAAUUUGCAGACACAUGAACAUCUUCACAGACUCUCAAGCUCACCAUCUUGAACAAACCAUAACUUGGGCACUUUAAGUGGGUAAGAGGACAAAACACAUGAGAAGUGACACACACAGCAGAUUUGGUCGUUCUCAAAUGUAUUUCCUUUAGAAAACUUUACAAAAGACUACUGGAUAUAAAAGAAUAUUUUGCUUACAAAUAACCAAUCCUAUAGAAGAUCCUUGCAUUUCAGAAUUUGGACAUUGUGUGUUUUUAUACAACACAGACAUUUGAAGCUAUGUGCAAAUAAUACAAAAGUAAGCUGAUGGAAUAUCCCAUAGUUAAAAUAGCAUACAAUGGAAUGCAGAGCAGGAAAGAAAAAGAAAACAUAUAGGUACACUAUAAAUGUUCAAACUUGUACUUAAAUAAUGAGUUGCAUACUAGCCUCACAACAUGCUUUAAAGGAGUAUAGUGUAAAUUUCCAGAGCCCUAAUUCCAUCAGUCCAACACAAAGAUAUUAGAAGAGAAACACUGUCCUUUACCAGGUGUGUGCAGGCUAGAAAGCCUUCUAGUUACAGUCUAACUGUAGCACUGAUGGAAUUAGUGUUGUAGAAAUUGUACAUUAUACUGAAUUCUUCAAGACAGCAGGUGAACAAGGCCAGAUCAGAAACAUGGAGGUGUCGCAUUAAAACUGGAACUGCUUGACUCGAACACAAUCCUUUCUUCUAUAAACAUGCACUCCUCUCUGUCAGAGGUACACCAAGGCCUCUUUAAUAUCUGACAGUUAACAAAAACUCUGUUCAGGAUAAUUUGCCUUUGUUAACGCUUCUAUAGCCAACUACAUACAGUGUUAGACAGUCCACAUCAGUUUAAUGACUUAAAAAACAAAAUCAAGCAAUCUAAUUUUGAAAAGUUGUACAAAACACUGGUAAUUUAAUCUUACACACAAGGUUUGGCAUCACGCAGAAAGUCCUUGUUUUGAAAGACAAGCACAGACUUUUAUUUUGAAAAACAAAAACAAAAAAAUCAGAAAUGAACCAGAGUCCAUGGCUACAUCAUGCACAACUAAUGUAAUGUAUUGCUGUAAUUUUAUUGGAAUACCUGUAUUGGAGUAGAAAGGCCAAUUCUUAGCACAGUGUUCCACUGGCAUGUUGUUACUAAUUCAAGUUUAUCAUGUUAGAUGGUUAAUUAAUUACACUUUUAAACCUUUAGCUGAGUAACUGAAACAUCAUCCUUUGUGUGUUCAACCAUAAUCUGCUAUGACAGUGAACGCUAUUGCAUGCAGGAAACUGCCCAGAACAUUGUACACAAUAUUAUUCCCUUUAUAAAACAGCCCAACUGAGCAACAGGCCAAAAACAUGAGUCUGCUGUUUUGAAUCCAUUUAAAAAUUAUUUUGUUUUUAAGUCUCUUAAUAGUUUUGCCCCUGAGCUGCUUCACCCUUACAUGCUGUCACAUGCUCUUACAUCAGCUAACCAGGUGCUUUUAUAAAUCCAGAGGAGACCGAGCUUUUGCAGCUUUCGCUCCCAAAAUGUGGGAUGACCUGCCUCUGGAGGUCAGGCAGGCUCCAUCCCUCACUGUUUUUAAAACCCGUUUAAAAACACACAUUUUCUCCUUGGCUUUUAAGUGAGAGUUGACAUCUUCUUAUCCUUUGUAUGUAUUUUUACUGAUUUAGUCUUUUGUUCUCUUAUUUUCUGUACAGCACUUUGGUCAGCGGUCAUGUUGUUUUUAAAGUGCUCUAGAAAUAAAGUGGGGAAAAAAAGAACGUAGAUGUUGGACAGAGGAGGUCAGGGA